AUGUCUCCAUCCAAAGUUGACACAGCCGCAUUCGAUUUCCCAGCUGAAGCCACAGCCCUGGAUUACGCAAAAUCACAAGACGCAAAAGACUCCCUGCAACACCUGAGAUCAGAGUAUAUAAUUCCAUCCAAAGCGAGUUUGAAAGCUCGAAGGCUAGCGCAGCCAAACUUAUCCAAUGAGGAUGGCAUAUAUUUCUGUGGCAAUUCGCUUGGCUUGCAGCCAAAGGCAAUGCGAACUUUUAUCCAAGCUCAGCUUGAUACCUGGUCGUCGAUAGGAGUGCAAGGGCACUUCACCAGAAUUGAGGACUCACCUUUACCCCCAUGGCAAGACAUGGCCAAGACGGCCGCAACAUCCAUGGCUAAGAUAGUCGGAGCCAAUCCCGACGAGGUCGCUGCGAUGAACACAUUGACAGUAAAUCUUCAUCUGCUCAUGGCAAGCUUUUACCGACCAAGUGGCAGAAAAAGCAAGAUCUUAUUAGAGUGGAAGGCAUUCCCGAGCGACCACUAUGCGAUUGAGUCUCAGAUAAGGUGGCACGGUUAUGACCCCAAGGAGAACAUGAUCAUGCUAGAGCCAGAUGAUGGUUACAGAAUAUCGACCGAAAAGAUUCUGAAGACGAUCGACGACCAUACUGAUGAAAUUGCUCUGGUAAUGCUUCCAGGUGUGCAAUACUAUACUGGUCAGUUGUUUGACAUUCCAACGAUCACAUCUUACGCACAAUCAAAAGGACUGACGAUAGGCUGGGAUUGUGCACAUGCUGCAGGUAACGUGCCAUUGCAGCUUCAUGACUGGAAUGUCGAUUUUGCUGUAUGGUGUACAUACAAGUACAUGAAUGCAGGUCCUGGAUCAAUUGCAGGCGCGUUCGUCCAUGAACGUCAUGGUCGGGUCGAGUAUGAUGAGAACGACAAACCAAUAUUUCUGCCGAGAUUGAGCGGCUGGUAUGGUGGAGAUCAAGCAAGCAGAUUCAAAAUGGAUAACAAUUUUCGGCCGAGCCCUGGUGCGGCAGGAUUCCAAUGUUCGAAUCCCUCAGCGAUCGAUCUGACAGCUCUCUGUGCCGCCAUGUCGGUUUUCGAUAAGACCACAAUUGCGGCACUGCGACAGAAGUCAUUGCGGUUGACUUGCUAUCUUGAACAUCUGCUUGAUGUGUUGCAAGAAGAUUUCGCAGAACGACCUUUCAACGUCAUUACACCAAAGGACACUACUCAAAGAGGUGCACAGCUGUGUAUUCUUUUGAAAGAAGGCUUACUCCAACCAGUAGCAGCUGCGCUAGAGGAGGCGGGCGUGAUUUGCGACAAGAGAGAGCCGGGUGUCAUUCGGGUCGCUCCAGUACCAAUGUAUAAUACCUAUGAGGAUGUCUGGCAUUUUGUGCAGAUCUUCCGAAGCGCUUUGAUAUAA